AUGGACGGCGAAGGCCCUCCCGAGCUCGUAACAUCGAACAGCUGCCGUAACGAUAAGAAACUGGUGGCGUUCAUAAUUGAGCAGCGAAUGAGACUGAUCGAAGUGGUGAUGCCAAUGGUGAUAUUUUUUAGCAACGUAAAGGAAAACUUCCGAGCAUUGUGGCUUUACAAUAACUACGAGAGCAAUAUUCCUCCGAAUGCGUCUAGACCUUUGACCACGGCGUAUCGGAAAAGGCGUCACCUGGAGCGACUGAACAUGUUAAUCGCCUACAGCACUCCCGGCUCCCAGCUCAAUGUGGGGGGAUACCUGAAGCGAGCUCACAUCUCAUUCUUCAACAAGGAAGACUUCUACUGCUUGUACAACAUAUAUCAUGCAAAGAAGGCCAAUCUGAUCUUUGUAGAAUCCAGUGCUUCCGUACCGCGUUUGUACAAUAGCGCGCUAGUUCGAGGAUCGGGGUUCGUUAAUCCAUACCCACUAAAAGAACGCUUAGUCGUGAGCUGCUUUAGUCUUGUGGAGUGUAGAGACUCAACUAACUAUGGCCGUCAUCUAAAUGCUCGUCAGAACCUGGCCAGAGGAGAUACGGCACUACGCGAGAUGCCAUUUGUGAGUUUACUUAUACAAGACUUUUGGAUGCGAUGCCACCAUUGCCUGAUCUACGCACCGCUCGUACUCAUUCCGUGCCAAUCUUGCUCGCUGGCGUUGUUUUGUUCGGAGACCUGCCGUAAACGUGCUCACGACGAAUACCAUUCAAUGGAAUGCACCAUUAUGCCAAUCCUUCUUGGGCAGUAUUCAUCCAUGGAGAUUCUCGCUCUGCGUCUUACUAUUCGCAUUUUUAACAUAUUGGAUGGAAUGAUGGAUGAGCUAGAACUUUACAUUCGAUCCUUGGCCAAUAAUAUGGUUGUCGCGGAGUACAAUACACCAUACGGUUGCCAGCCCAAUGCGAAGGUAGAUUAUGGGAAGGUCUACAGACUGACUACCAACCGGAGUAAAUUGUGCAAAAAAAAGAUAACCGACAAUGGACUGAAAGCCGUCUCGCUGGCUAGGAUGCUCGUGCGUGAACAUGGACUUCCAAACAGCUUUGUGGAACUGCUAGCCGAACUGACUGUGCGCCAUUUGCACAUCCUCCGUUCAAACGCUUUGGUCCUGCAUUGCUCCGUGGACGAACCAUCGAAGAACGAGUACAGCUCGAGUUCGGUGCCAUACGCGCUAGUUCUGGUUACGACGGGCAGCAUGUUCAAUCAUUCGUGUGACGCGAACGUGGAGUAUUGUCUUUCGCCGGACGGUGCAAUUAUGUUUGUAGCUAAUCGUUCCAUUCCAAGAGGCACACAGAUGCACAUCAACUAUCGUAUCGAUCCCACGGAUACCAGAUAUGCCUUUGAAUGCUACUGCCAGAAGUGUACAACGAAACGUAUACUCGAUCAACCAUCAACACUAAUGGAAGUUCCGGAAAGAUUGUAA